AUUGAUGGGCUAUGCGUUGAGUAAUAUUUUUGAUAUUUUUCUGUUAGAGACAGAGAAAGACACAGAGAGAGAAUAACCAAAAAAGAAAACAAAAACAGCACACCAUAAACAAGAGGGAGGGAGAGAGAGAGAGAGAGAGAUCUCUGGGGUGCUCGCGGUCUCUCCCGUCUCAUCGAAACCCUAGUUUCUACCCUCCUUCUUCAGGCUCUGGCCUUUAAUUCUCCACUCUCGCUCUCUUUAUCAUCUGCAAAUAUAGGAUUUCUUCGUUUUGAUCUAUGUCCUCCCGGCUAACUCCCACCUCUGGAUCCAAAGAACCAUAUUCAUUCUUCAGAAUCUAGAGUUUCCUGCACCCAAUUCACGUCCCAUGGUUGGUGAAAAGGUGUGAAAUCUCUAACCCAUCUCGUUUAUUGGGGUAAGAGGCGAACAUGUACCGGGACAGGGGCGGAGGACCGGCUAAGUCGGAAAUUGUUGGUGGCGGGCCGUCGCUGGAUCGCAAGCGCAUCAACGAUGCCCUGGACAAGCACCUAGAGAAGUCGUCCCCCUCGACCUCUAGGGGCUUGAAGGACAAGGAAAGAUUGUCCGUACCUUCCACCUCCACCGGCAAGUUGCAGUUUGAUCACCGCGACACACGCUCCGCUUCGUCCACUCUACCCAAGAACAAAUGCUCUGAUGAGGAAUCUGAAACUGACAGUGAAGAGUCAGAUGUUAGUGGUUCUGAUGGAGAUGACACGUCUUGGAUCUCAUGGUUUUGCAAUUUGAGAGGAAAUGAAUUCUUCUGUGAAGUUGACGAUGAAUACAUCCAAGAUGAUUUUAAUCUUUGUGGGUUAAGCAGUCAGGUUCCAUAUUAUGACUAUGCACUUGAUCUCAUUCUGGAUGUCGAAUCAUCUCAUGGUGAUAUGUUCACUGAAGAACAGAAUGAGUUGGUUGAAUCAGCAGCAGAGAUGCUUUAUGGUCUUAUUCAUGUCCGGUACAUACUGACUAGCAAAGGAAUGUCUGCAAUGUUGGAGAAAUACAAGAAUUACGACUUUGCUAGAUGCCCAAGAGUUUAUUGUUGUGGUCAACCCUGCCUUCCAGUUGGUCAAUCAGACAUUCCUCGCUCAAGCACUGUAAAAAUUUACUGUCCAAAAUGUGAAGAUAUUUAUUACCCUCGAUCCAAGUACCAAGGCAAUAUUGAUGGUGCUUAUUUCGGGACUACAUUUCCUCAUUUAUUUCUGAUGACCUACGGGCACCUCAAGCCACAGAAGGCAACCCAGGGCUAUGUUCCAAGGGUAUUUGGCUUCAAGAUUCACAAGCCAUGAUAUCAGAAGGGUCGCUUGCUGCGUAUUCCUGAGAUCUCCCAGUGUCUACUGGGGUUGGCUCUCCUUUUGCUUCUGUUGAAGUAUGAAUGGUUCUAACAAGUCAGGUAAACUGCAGUAGUUCAAAAAAACAUAAAAAUUGAUAUAGCGACGAAAAUGCUUAAAAUGCAACUUGGCCCGUCUGUUGAGCACACUUAUCUUUGAAAUUUAUUUGUGAAUCUAACAGUGUUUGUAUGUUUAUUCCUUCCCCCUCGCCCCACUUCCCCUUAUCUUUUUGUGAAGAAUUGUUUCUAUUUCUUUUCCUCUUCUUUUUCUCCUCCUGUUGAGAAUUGUUUGAAGUGCUUUGCAUUGCAGUUCUUGAUUCAUCCUUUUUCCUUCUGUGAUUUAUGCAUCGGUGUUACUGCCCCUUGAAUAUGGCCAUUUGAGUUCUACCUA